AUGGUCGUGACCGUAUAUGAGACUCAAACCCCAGAUGGGUGGGACGGCUCCAGUCUGCUCACAACACUCGAGCGUGCGACCAUCACGCAGGUAGUUCAGCAGACACCGACGGCAACGGAUGGGGCUUCAGUCACCACCCUGUCGACGGCACCGACAGCAAUCAUGGCCAGUACCCGCCUGUCCUCCGUCACAACCCCCGUACCCACCUCGGCCGAGCCCUCCAGUUUCAGCACGAGCUCAUCUACCUCCCUAUCAACCCAGUCUACUUCAGCAGGAAACCCGCCUAAAGCAGCUCAGAUGUCCACCGGGUCUAUCGUUGGCAUGGCGGUGGGCUCCGUCGCCUCACUAAUUCUACUCGUCACAUUUCUGCUUUUCGCAUUCGGAUUCCGCCUCCGGCGAGCGAGGCGGCGGAGCGAUGAUGGGAUCAUCGAGCAAAAGAAAAGCCAGCAGGCGGCAGCCGGGGCUCCAGGCUCCCAUAAUGGCAAAGCUGAGCUUGAGGACGCCGCGUACACGAGGAGGCUCGAGAGGCUGCACGACGGGGCGAAACCGGAGCUGGAGGGAAGCAGGCCACGGAAGGCUGGGUGGAGGGCCUUCUCCCUCAGGUCCUUGAAACGUGGACUGCGGCCGGGCGUUGCUGAGCUUGAUGCUGGGACUGUGACCCAGGGGCCGCAUGAGCUUCCGGCCUGA